CAGUUGGUUUGACCCAUAAGUCAACCUAGAUAGCUGAAUCGACCCGCUCAUCGCCCCCUUCAUCUUGGUUACUCCUCUUCAUCUCGUUCAUCCACUUAGGGCUGUCAAUUUGGUUUGGUUUGGUUAACCAAACCAUUAAGUAUGAAAAACCAAAAACCAAAAACCAAAUCCCAAAAACCAAAACCAAAACCAUUAAGGCCCUUAUUGGUUUUUGGCAACCAAAAACCAAUAAGCACUUCUUAUCUGUAAGUUUUAACUGUAUGAUCAACUAAACUGAGUCAACCAAAUCGUUCCUCGCUACCUUUUCCAUAAACACUUCUUAUCUCUAAUUUCCAACGCAAAUUAGAGUCAACCAAGAGAUCUCGAUUUGACUAGAAGAACAUUGAUAAACUUACUCUCGGAGUCAAAUGGUCAACCCCGAACAUAUCUCCAUAAGAAAAGAAAUUGAUAAUGUUAAUUAAAAUUUUAUUAGAAAAAUAAUUUCCCCUCUCUCCCCCCCCCCCUUUCUUCCUUCCAUUGCACCCCAAUUAGGGGGGUAAGCCGAAAUAGUAAUUUUGCACCCUCUACUGUUACAAAUUAUCCAAACGGGUGCAAAUGCGUUGGAAAUUGUGUUUAACCCUCUCAUUUGCACCCACCUCCCAUUUGCACCUCUUCCCAAACAUAGUUUCAUGUCCGUAACUAACCUUAUCAAUUGUUGUCUCUGGAAAGAGUAUUAAUACUUAUUAUUUAUAGAUAUUAUUGGUGUAGCUACAAUUGUACAUGACACCGGGUCGUGCCGCCCACAGCCUAGCACGACACGGUUAGAGCACGACACGAAAUAUAUGGGCCGGCCCAGCACGAGCAGAAAUAAUUCAUGGGUCGUGCCGGGCCUAAACUUCAUGAGCACGAGCACGACACGGUGUGUAAGUGGGUCGUGUCGGGCCUAAUAUUUUCGAGAUCUUAUUGAGUAUAAGAACAGAAAUGAUAUGCAAAGGAUAGUUUGACCUAAAUAAAUAAAAUUCAGGUUCUUAAAAAAUACAUAAAUGGAACGAAAAGAAUAUUUCUUUGUCAGAAAUUAGAAUAAAAAGAAUUAUUUGUUCAAAUAUUAGAACAUAUAAGUACAAAAUAAUCAUUUAUUGUUGUUAGAAGUGAUCAUAAAGAUGUAUGCGUAAUCACUACCAUAAGUAACAACGGAAGAAGAAUAAACAAAGCCAAAUCACACCCCUUUAUACUUCCAAAUUUCUUUCCCCUCUCUUAUUUGUUACAUGUUCAAACAUCCUCUAUUAAUACUUACAUUCUUCGUCCAAUUUUCUCCCUUUUCACAUUGUUUCUUUUAUUUUCUUCCUUUUCAUUUAGCAUGAAUAUGAGUGCAGCACGAGCAUGAAUAAGCACCGAUACGAUCCAAGUUUACCCCUUUUUCAAGCAACAGUGGGUUGUGGAGCAAUCAAGCUCAUUUGGCAAUAGGACUCACCAAAUUUGGCUAAGUGUUUGUUCAUUUGCAGGGUAAUCACUUUGUAAGGGUGGUUCUCUCUCGUGCCUCGAUGGAAAUGAACAAAUGGAAACUUGUUUUGAACCUGGGAAGCUACUCUACAAAAGGAAGUACCUGGGAGCUCGAGGGAAGGCCAGAAAGAUCGUGUUCCAAGCCUCUCAACUUCCUAUGCCGAAAUUGAGAUUCUGCCAGGUUUUGGCUAAGUAUGGGAAGUUGUUCGAGGAGCUCACUUUGAAGGGUUAUUCGAAGGAGCUGGAGGGGGAGUCAAAACAAAAGGGAAUCGCUACAUCCCACUACAAGUUUCACACUACAACGACGAGGGAUUGGGUGAUCAAAAUCAUACCUUGAAGGCUUCCGACGAAGGCAAGCAAGAUCGUAUGGAAGCUGCCGAGAAGACUGUCUUGCAAGGAGUAAUCCGAAUCCGCUUCGGACUAGGAUUGCGACUAAAAGUUUUUCCCUUUUUUGUUUGAAAUCCAUUUCCUUGUUUGUUUGAGAAUUGGUUUUCUGUAUUAAGAUUGUUAGUUAGCUUAGGUCUGUUUAAGGUUGAUCGAUUGCACUGUAAAACUCAGUUUUGGUUUUAAUCGAAGACAAGCGUUAAGUUUGGUUCACAAGUUUUGUAUUGUGAUUGAGAGUGGCUUAGAACGAGUUCUAGGGCUCUCGUUGCUGUAUCGAUCAAGCUAAUCCCUCUUGAUCGUGGCCAGCCUUCAUCUGAUUCUUCUCGAGCCUUUGCCCUUGUGAGCAAUUGCACGAAAGAGCUAAUCCGCAAAGAUAUCCAACCUACACCCUGUUUUCGAGAGAGUUUGGUUUGGUAAACCAAGUGCUGCACAAUUCUGGUCCUUAACCCGAUCUUGAGGUUAUCAAGCACGACACCAUUUAAACCGUGCUCGGGUCCGGGCCGAACCUAUCGAAAGUAACAAUGGGCUGGCACGACACGACACGAAAAUUGACGGAAUGUGCCAAACACGACACGAAAUAAAUGGGCAUGAAGCAUGUCCAGGCACGACCCAGCCCCCACGUACAACUACAAUGAGUAGGUAUCCGAUUGAUCAAAUAUAUAAGAUCAGCAAACCCGCUGGGCAUUAGAAAUAAUGCUUUCAUGUUCAUCCCUGAUCCCAUCCAUGGCAGGGUACUGAAAUUUACACAACAAAUACAUAACAAGAACCCUUAACCGUGUGCAAUAACUCCAUUCGGACUUUAUACAAAAGAGAAGAAGAACACAAAGAGAUCCCCAAGAAGUUUCAGAAGUUUCAGCAUACGGUUCUUGAGCUUGGUUUUUAGCAGAGUCUUAAUGAUCCGUCCUUGUUCACUCGUCGUACAUCUCGUGGUCUGGUUUUCUUGCUCCUGUACGUCGAUGAUAUGAUUGUAGAGGCCCUGACUAGUGGUCUCCGCAGCUCGUUUAAUCUUAAGGAGCUUGGCGAGUUGUCGUACUUUCUUGGUCUCGUUUAAUCACGCCCAGCACGGUGUCGUCGUGGUUUGCCAGAAACCUUAUCGGCCCGAAGCUACCAGGAACUGUGACGCUAAUCAAGAAUCUGUUAUUCUUCUUCUUCCUAUUAUAUUCACUAAUCAAGAAUCUGUCUCGAGACAUUACCCUCUCCUUCACGUUCCGCUUCAACUCCUCCAUCAUAUAACAAAGGAAAACAUCAAAAACCCUACCUUUGAACUACGAUUGAGCCGAUCAGGGAUCGAGGCCGGAGUAGUGGUGGUACCAGCAGUUUUUGCAGCAGAGUACUUCGGCAGGGGGGAAAUGCUAGAUAAUGUUGUAGCAAAGGGCAUCAAAUUGGGAGAUAAUAAUGAUGAUGAUGUCCUCUCUUCACCAUUCAAGAUCGUGAAGAAGAUGUGAAUCAAUAUCAGAUUGGUGUAAAAAUUUAUACAACAAGAUCCAAUCUUGACUGCAAUUCUUGGAGUUCUUGUUGAACUGUGGAGGAUGCAUAUAGUCAGGAAAGAAGAAACUGUGGAGACCUAACAAUUGUACUAUUAGUAAAAGACAGAGAGAUAUACCGAGGGAGAGGAACUAAGAACUAAGAAGGGGAGAGCCAGUUGCCAGUUUUACGUGUUUCCUGGUUGUUUCCUGAUGCAAAGACAAAGACGAACUGGCUAAGCACAAUUUCUUCGCAAAUUCUUGGCGAAAGGGUUUCAGAUGUGGCAUCAACAAGCCGUAGCAUACAUUCAUAUUGCCUUUUGAUCGUGGUUUCGAAAAAGGAGAAUCCUGUUUGGAGCUCCACGUUGGGUUCGGACGGCGGCAGAGUAAAAAAACAAUUUAGAC